AAAUAAUUAACAUAUUAUAGCUUCAAGAUUUAGUGCGUAAAAUGUUAUUCAGGCGAUUUUGGCCAAAAAUAUGUUGCUAUUUAAAUAUAGUUGCAUAAUAAAUUAACAUGUGCGAGACAAAUUAAUUAAGCAUGCGCAUUAAAUUCCUCAUAACUGUGUUUAUUUACGUCUUUCUUCACGAAAUUGAUGAUAGCAUGUAUCACGUUAUAUGUCUAUAUAUAUCGAAUAAACAUCGAGUUAACGUCAUCGAUGUUUUUUGUAUCGAAAAGACAUCAAUUCAAUUAACGAUUAAAUGUUUUUUUAUCAUUUCUUGCUAUAUACGAAUUUCAUAAUGAUACGAAAUUCUAAAAUAAAUUAUAUAUAUACGUUAGCAGUGUGUAUAAUCGAAUCUUUCUAUUUUUAUUCUUCUUAUUUAUCAUCUAGACUCCAGACGUGUAUUUAUAGCCAAUUUUGUUAUUUCCACACCGUCUCAAGUAAAUGUGUCUUUUAUAUAAUAUAUAUGUAUAUAUAUAAUACGACUCUGUGAUUAAUUAAUGAUAUCUUACGCUUAAAUAUUUCGACUGGAUACUAGUCUAGCUCAGUCUUUUGUCAGGCGCGAACGCGUAGAUAUGUAUAUAAUAUAUUUCGCACUGAAAUUGUUUUUUUUUUUUCGACUUGUUGCUGAACAAUCAACCGCUUUCUGAGUACACAGCCAAAUGACUUAAUUUAAAGAAAAAAAACUUAAAAAACCUAAAACUCAGUUUAAAAAACUAAAAGAAAUUAAGAAAUAUAAUUAAUUUAAAUUAAGAUAUUAAUAUAUUAAUUAUUGCAAAAGCGAAAAUAACGAAGAAGCAGUAUGGCUCUAAAAGGAAUCAAAGUUUUAGAACUAGCUGGGCUAGCUCCUGGACCUUUCUGUGGAAUGAUUUUGGCAGAUUUUGGGGCGUCUGUUAUCAGAGUAGAUAAGAUUAAAGGACAGAUGUUAGAAGAUUGUUUGGGCAACGGAAAGAGGUCAAUAGCAUUAAAUUUAAAAUCUGAAAAGGGUAUUAAUAUUUUCAAAAAAUUAAGUGACGAAAGUGAUGUUAUUAUUGAUACAUAUAGGAGAGGAGUCAUGGAAAAAUUAAAAAUUGGCCCAAAAGAACUUAUGGCUACGAAUAAGAGACUGAUAUAUGCUAGAUUGACUGGAUAUGGUCAAAAUGGCUCUUACGCAGAUAUGGCUGGUCAUGACAUCAAUUAUUUAGGUUUAUCAGGUUUACUGUCUUUAUUUGGCCGAUAUAAUGAGAAACCUACACCACCCAUCAAUCUUGCUGCAGAUUUUGGUGGUGGUGGUUUAAUGUGCGCUCUUGGAAUAAUUUUAGCAUUGUAUGAACGAACUAAAAGUAAUGUAGGACAGAUAAUAGAUGCAUCAAUGGUAGAAGGAUCAGCAUACUUAGGAUCCUGGUUAUUUAGAUCCCAGAAAAUAGGUAUAUGGGGAAAUCCACGUGGCAGAAAUAUGUUGGAUACAGGAACACAUUUUUAUGAAACAUAUGAAACGAAGGAUAAGUGUUACAUGUGUGUUGGAGCGAUAGAACCACAGUUCUACAAAAUUUUUUUAGAGAAACUUGGUCUUUCAAGCAACGAUGUACCGCAAUUCGACAAUUUUGAAGAAAAUCGCCGCAAAAUCACGGAAAUCUUCAAAACGAAGACUCAAGCGGAAUGGUGCACUAUAUUUGAUGGUACUGAUGCAUGCGUGACACCGGUGCUAAGUUUGAAAGACGCCACGUCGCAUCUUCACAACAAGCAGAGGCAGACAUUUACGAUUACAGGAGACGAUAUAAUUCCAAAUCCUGCUCCUCGUUUAUCUCGUACACCUGGCAUUUCUCAUGGAACUGAUAAAAACCUACAAGCGGGUGAAAACACCGUACAAAUCUUAACUGAAUUGAGAUUUCAGUCUAAUGAAAUUAACGAUCUAUUGUCAAACGAAAUUGUUUAUCAAGUGCAACACAACUCUAAACUUUAAAGAUACAGAUAAUAUCAAGCAGACUUAUGGAUAUAGAAUUCCAAUAAUUUGAUAAAUGGUGAUAUUUCAUAGGCGAGAAAAAUGACCUUUUACAAAAUGCAAUAUUUAUAGUACAUAAAACGAGCGUGGUGUAGUGGACAGCGCAUUGGUGUGUUAUGUCGAAGGUUUCGUCCCCGGCUAAAACUAAAAAUUAUGUUAUAUGCUUGUUCUCCUCUUGAUUGGAAUUUGGCAGGCGAUCAACGAGUAUUCUAUGCCUAUAAGAGCUCUAUCUUAGCUGUUCGGAGCUGGCGUUAAACUGUAGGUCCCGUACGUUUAUGUACAAUCUACAUGCGCAUCAUAGAUACAUACGUUAGAGAAAAAAAACAUGGUUUAAGCCUAUUGCAUAAGGAAGAAUACAAAAUAUGGAAAUAAAUUGAUACUUUCGCACAAUCCAUGUGACUCACGUUCCAACUUAUACAAACAUUGAUAGUCAAUGAGCUAAUGCAAAUUUAUAAGUAACAGAAAAUCAAGAAAGAAAACAAUGGUAAAUAUUGCGAAUAUUAAUGUACUUUCUAAAUCAUUCACAUACAUUUGGUUUUUUAAAUUGACAUUAAGAAUUAGGUAUUUAAUACUUAUAAAAAUUACAAAAAAAGUUUGUAUAUGAUAUUAAUUAUAUACACAUAUGUAAUAUAUAAAUAGUUAUUUAGAUUAAAUACCAUUUUCAAAUCAAAUUUAUAUAAAUCAGACAAUUCCGAUUUACUGUCAUCUAUUUGUAAGAUUUGAUGUACGUAAAAAUUUGCAUAUUUUUUACAAAAAUUAUUUAAAUUAUUGUUUACAACUUUAUAUAUGUUAUCCUUUGAGCAAAUAAUACAGAUAUUUAUUAUCAGAACUGUAGAGAUAAAAGAACAAAUAUGUUAUGAGAGAAGCAUAUAUUAUUCUAUGACAUAGUUAAACUUACAAAAUAAAUUAAUUAUUUUAAAUCUUUUAAUUAAUAUUUAAUUGUGGUUUUUUGUUACUAAUUUUAUGUAAUAUAUGAUCAUGUUAUAAUAUAUAAUCAUACAAGUACUCAUAUUAUAAGUAUUGUAUACAUACAAGUAUCUGUAUCAUGCUUGAUUACAGACAUUAUUUUAAUUUUAAGCGAGACUUAAAUAUGUGUCUGUCUUUAUUUAUUUAGAGAAAAAAAUAAAGGUAGACAUAUGUUUAAAUUUUGCUUAAAACCAAAACAUGUUGGUGCCACUGGAUCUUAUAAAUAGAUAUUUGCAAUAUAUAAAAUAAAGCUUAUUUUAUAUUUUUAUUUAUAGAAUUACUUAAAAUUUUAUACAAAUUUAUCUAGAAUAAGUAAAUUAUGUAAUUUUAUUGACUUAAAGAUAGAUACUUUUUACCGAUUUCCACAGAGUUAUAAAAUAAAGUUACAAGAUAAGCCUUCAGCACAACAUGAUUUUUCAUGCUAGAUCGCAUAUGACAUCUUAUUACAUGUCCUGAUUGGCUCGAAUGAAGGCUAUACAUCAUAUACAAUCCAUUAACUUAAUCUGAAGUUAAAUCUAAAUACAAUAACCUAGCUCACGAUUCUCUCUUCUCCGUUUCUUUCUGCAUAGAAUCAAAUCUUAGUACAGUUUAUUAAUUUUCCAAUAAAUAAUCUCAACUAUUUUUUUCCACUAUAAUAUAUAUAUAUCAUAUUUGUACUAUAAAUUUAUAUUUAUACUUAUGUAAAUAUACAUAAAUAUACACUUGAAAAACUUGCUAUGCUA